AAGGCAGGGGAGGAGGUCAAAGGCGAAGAAGACGAGGACGAAGAGGAAGAAGAGGAUGAAGUCUCCACUAUGUCUGAAGGCUCAGAAGUGGCACAAGAUUAUGAGGCCAGCAGCUACAGCAGACCUGGGACAGGCCAGGUGAAUGGUGACUGUAAGGACAGCAAGCAUGGUGGGAAAGAGAUCCCACCCAGCAGUGCCGCCCCCAGAGACCUGCGCUCCCUAGAGGAAGCAUCUUUGAACAAAGGAUUGGAGCAUUCUCAGCAUGAAGGAAAUGAGCAAUGUCACACAAAGGCCUCUUGGCCUGGAGAAAGUGCCUGUCACCAUCUGGGAGGCAGCAAGAAAGAUGGCAGUGCCUAUCAGCAGCCAGACAGAGCAGUGUCACCAGCUGUUGCAGGGGCUGAUCCCUCUGUGCCCUCAUCUCCUGGGAGACCUGGCAUCCAGGCAGAUGGGAGACCAUUCAGUUGCGUCUCAGUGAAAGAGAAGCCUUCUGACCCAGUGGAAUGGACUGUCAGCGACGUUGUGGAUUAUUUCACAGAAGCCGGGUUUGCUGAGCAAGCGUCGGCCUUUCAGGAGCAGGAGAUUGAUGGGAAAUCUCUGCUGCUGAUGCAGCGCACCGAUGUGCUUACUGGCCUCUCUAUUCGCCUGGGACCUGCCCUCAAGAUCUACGAGUAUCACAUCAAGGUCCUCCAGCAGUGCCACUUCGAAGAAGACGAGGGCGACUCCUUCAUGGGCUGAGGAGGAUGGGCAAAGGUGGCGAGGGGGAGGGAGAAAACAGGGACUCUGCCAACGCUACUGUCUCAGCCAUUUCAGCCUUCCUUUGCCUCUAUGGAAACAAGACAACGUUGUGGGGGCACGGCAAGGGCUUUGACCAUAUCUGGUGAGAGGAGGGAGGCAGAAAUGAUGACCCAGCUUUUGUGGCUUCUCUAUCCUGGUUAUCUGGUGAUCCCAAAAACUGGUGUUAGAAGGCUAAAAGCUCACUUUCUUCUCUCAUCCUGCCUGUCUUACCCUACCCCAAGCUUUUCACUCACCAUAGUGCAUUGUCUGUUUGGGGGAAAGAUGAGGCAAUGUGGUUUUGCUCCUUUUCCCAAUCUCACCUUAGCUGAAAUAAUUUAUGCUUCAGCACCCAAACUGCUUCUCCCUCCCCUCUCCCCAACAGUAGCAUUUGAUAGCCCUGACUGCCCCUCCCUUGUUGCUGUGAUUGGCAAGAAAAAGAGCUUGCUGGAGGUGUCAGGAGGUUUUAAUCAAAUAGCUUUUUAUUCUCUUUUCUGUUCAGGUAGCCUUUUCUUCCAAUUUUCAUGGUUGGUGCCCAGAGUCAACUGCUUUUUAUUAUUUUUUCUUCCCCAUUUUUUAAAAAUAUAAAUAUUUAAACCGAAAUAAAAUGAUUUAGUAUUCCCAGAUAUGUUAGCCCUCUAGAAAGGGUAAUGGAACAGCUGAAAUGACUGUGUAUUUAAAGGGCAAACGUGUGUGAGAGGGCUCCAAGUUUUGGGUUCUGUUCUAGGGAGAAGUGUCAUCUGGUAAUCAAGUUUUGGAAAGAAGAAAGCAAGUUGGGAUAGAUUAUAUUCUGUCUAGUCCAUAGAUGGAAAUAGACCUUAAGGGUUCCACCUCAAUUUUCAGUAUUGUAAUCCGUGGGCAUAAAAGCGCGGUAACCUUUACAUAAUCACCAAAAAAGUCUAAAAUAAAUGUAGGAUUUAUAGAUGGGCUCUUUCCAGUGGGCAGAGAGUUAUAACUGUGUGCGUGUGUGUGCGUGUGUAUGUAUUUUUCACUAGCAGUGAGUGUUCUUAUCUAGGGACUAUAGUAGAUCAUACCACCAGUAUUAAUGCUUUGGGGUCAUAAAAAAGGAUAGGGAAUUGAAGUGGUCAGAACUGGUUUUUCUCUAUCAAAAACCCAGAUGAAAACUUUCCUAUCUUUAGGAUUGGCCUCCUCCCAUUUAAGCAGGCUAAACCCCAAAAGACAGCAACGGCAAGAGGAGAGUGUACAACAGUAAAAAUUAUUCUUGGCAAACUUGUAAAAUCAGUUGAUGGAGGGGUGCUGGUGGGCACAUUAUACAACAUUUCAGAUUCUUGGUGGCUUUGAAGACACACUGUACUUACUGUUGGCUAGGAAACGUGUUUCACAGAUUAGAGGUUAAUUUCAGUUUUGCAUUAAAAACAAUGGGAACUUUAUAGAGGAUGCAGAAAACUCCUUGGAAUAGGAUCUUAGACCAUAUACAGAACAUCAUAUCCUAGCGCUACUCAUUGGAGAAUCAUGACAGAUCACUUCCAAACUGGUCUAAAUUAGGAAUGUGAAGGGGAUCUUAUUACGCAUGAGAGUAAGUGGGAAAGUUUUAUAUCUACUCUGUUCAGUUGUGCCCUAGGAACAGAAAACUACAUAACUGCAAAGAGAGAGAAGGAGACUUCCAUUUGCAUACCAAGAAGAAUGCAGAUAUGAGCACACUGAAUUUUAUGUUCUCAACAUUUUCUUUGGACCCAUGAGGGCUAGAAACUUAUUGUUUGAACUUUGAAAGCAGAGGUUCUUGAUGUUGUAGCACAGAAGUGCCUCAGGGGCUUACAUACUGGCUGCACAUUGCUCUCUAUUGCACUAGGCCCUAUUAUUUUGUCCAGAGCUGGGAAUAAAAAAACAAGAUUCUUAAGUUCUAACAAGUCUUACCCCUUGUAUUUUGUUUAUUAGAAACUUGCUGUACAAGAAGUAAUACACCAUACAGUGUAGGAAACAGAGUGAGUGACCCAGCAGCAGCUGGAGUGGCUUUUGAUCCUGCUCACUCCUUUUGGUAAUAGAUAUGGAGCUCUUUUGGUUCGCCUCUUACUCAUCCCAGACCAAAUGAAGGGAGAUGGCAUCAAUCUGCAGUAGGUAAAUUGAAAAAAAUUAAAUGUACGGCUGGCCCACUAUAGUGAUCUGAAAGCUCAGUGAGGCCAUGAUGGAAUGAGUAUUGUACUGGUGCGGCUUCAGUGUUUAAGGAGCUGCUCAAGGCGUAACUUUGCAAUGAAAGACUAAAAAGCUGGUAACAGCUGUGUUGACGCAUACAUGAAUUUUUCUCAGUCAUGCUUAAGAACUAGUGUGUAAAUAUACCUGAUCAUCACUUACUGAUAACAAUUAACUUUUAAAAAAAAUAUAUAUGUGCAUGAUAAAUUACUUUGUUGUUUCAUCAUGUGCCCAGAUCAUAAUGUAAAAAAAUCUUGAAAAAUGUGAAAAGACAGUAGGCUUGACCAAAGAUUGGUUGCUGAAUUGUGAGUUGGGCACACGUUGAUUUAUUCACACCUCAUUUAGUCUACUUUUUCCACAGAGGAAUCUACCUUACAAUGUAUGCAAAUCUUCAUAACAUCUUUGCAGGGAUAGUAAGCACAAGUAGCAAAAUUUUAAUUUUUGAGCAUAUCUGCUCAAAAACUUGUGUAACUUGCUCCACCACAUUGGAUAAUUCUCAGGUCAGGACAAUUGCAUCCAACCUAUUUUAAGUCUAGUUUGAGUGUAAUGCUGAAAGAAGAAUUGGGGAGUGGUGAUGGAAUCAUGGCCAUUUUUGAUAUGUGAAUUCUGGCUCCCUAUCUUGGUUGGAUGUAACUACUCAUUAAAGUGAAGCCAUGAUGCCAUCCAAGCUCACAUUCCUACACAAAAGAAAAGUGGAUGGUGGCUCUUUGGGAAUACAAACCUAAUAAACUCUGCCCCUGUGCUUAAGAUCAAUUUCUGAAUAGGCUAUUCCAUGUGGAAAUAACAGUAGGGGCUGGGACUGCCUGAUUUUAGGACCAUCCAUCACCUCUUGCAUUUUCCCCCCAAAAUAAUUAUCAGAUUCAGGAGAAUUUAUUCCCAUAUAGGUGGACACAGGUCCAGUCUAAGUGGUUUUAUCUCUAGGUCGUCUGGAUGUUCCCUCCUGUCGUGUGCACCUUUGGCUCCAUCUCUCUAAGAAAGCCAUUUUUUUAACAACACUCUUUCUAGCAUUUAAAAAAGGGGUGUGUUGGAUGUUAAUUAUGGAUAUCUACAGAAAUGCAACUGCUGAUGCACAAUGUGUAUAAAUACAGAACCUGUAGAAGUUAUCCCAGUUAAUAUAAUGGUGUGGUAUUUACUGUUUAUUUUAGCAAGAAUACUUCAAUUGGAUAUACAGUAGUUGACUUGGGGGAAUCUAUGAGAUGUCCCUGCAGCAUGCUAUGCCUUGUUACAAAAACAGUAAGGUAACCAACUUGAUUAAAGAGUUGCAGUCCUUUUUUCUGUUGGAAAGGUAAAAGCAUCGCAACUGUUUUUAUUGAGGUGGGAAAAGACAGACAUUGUUAAUUCUAUAUGGGAUGGAAAAAGUGGGCAUUUCCCCCUCAAGUUACUCAGGGGCAUCUAAUUAUAGUGGUGGACAGUAGGUACUGUACAAAAGUGCUUUUCCAUAUGUUACAAUGAGUUGGUGAAAUUCUCUUUCCUAAAAUGUGUUGGUUUUAGACAGACUAGGUCUCUCCCUUGCUAACCCCAUGAUAACUUUAAAGGAAUUCCAAACUCAGAAGCAGAAUACAUCUCAUUACCAGAUGUUGGGGAGAGGUGGGACGAUUGCCUUGCAGCGUUUGUCUGCAGAAAAUAGCAUGCUGAAAUGGACAUACCUUUGAUACGAGCCAGCAGAACUCUUUUAUGUUUUUUUUCAUGACUCUGUUUUUCAGUGUGGACAAUAACAGGGUUGAUGCCAUCUUUUGCAAAGAUGAUUUACAAUAAAAUCAAGCA